GUGGAAGGUUUUUCUUUUGGACGAGCUCCUGCUGUGCGCCAUUCUCCUCGCAGCCAAAAAUGCUCAAACGCUAUUUUUUGCUCCUCCCCACUGCCCAACGAAACCAGCGCCAGGGCCACUCCCUUCCUCGGCGGCCUCGGGCGCAUUAUGUGGCAAGCGCUGCGUGAGCCGCUCCUAGGCUGCGUUUUUGUCACAGCCGCCGCCAUCGGCCUCUCGGGCGCAUAGGGGCCACAUGCGAACACUACCCCUCCCCUCAAAGAUCGUGGGGGGUGGGGGUAGGGUUCGCAUGUGGCCCCCUACAGGCGCCACCCGCUCGUCGCUGGGCCUCGCCGGGACGGCGCCCUCAGCGCCAGAGGACCGGGCCGAGGUCCACGCGGAGGCCUGUGGCGCGGGCGGCGCCGCGGGCGCCCGUGCCGCGGGGCCCAGCGGGCCCGGGGCCCCGCCCGAGCGGCGCCGUGGCGAGCGGGGCGGGCAUUGCUGGGCACUCUGGGUGCGGGGCGAGAACCAGUCCAGGCAGGUCGUGGACACCAGGGGCAGCACCGCGGUGGGCCCCUGGGCCACCGACGCUGCUGGCGCGGAGGUCCCGGCCCGGAUGCUCUGCGCGGAGGAGCUCACGCGGCGCGCCCUGCUGUCCCCGGACUGCGCGGAGAGGGCUUGCGCGUGCACCCAGCUGGGUCGCACCAGUUGCUUGUGUAGUGCGGUCAUGGGCGCGUCGCGGGCGCGGCUCGUGCUGAAGCACGCAGAGUGGCUCGCCGACCACGGCCACGCCAGGGGCGCGGAGGUCCGCUUCCAGGAGGCCAGCCGUGAGGCGGCGGAGCACGGCCAGGCGGCGCUCGCACAAAGAGCCUCUGCGCGGUUGGGGCACCUCCUCUCGAGGCGGGGCCGCUUCGCGGAGGCGCUCGAGGCCCUCCUCGAGGCCCAGCGGUUCGGAGACCUCGCCCUGGAGGAGGAGCGCGACCCGGCCACGCCGUGGUUGCUCGGGGUGGCUUGGUUGCAGGCAGCAAGAUGCGGCGCGGCGAAGUGGCAGGAAGCGGAAGAGUGGAUCCUUAGUUUGGGCCCGCUCGCGGCGGACGGGCUCGAUGCGCAGCGCCAGAGGCUCCAGACGGACAUCCGCUUUUGGCGGGCCGCGGAGCUGUCCCCGAGGCGCUGCGUAGACGCCGGCGAUGUCGCGCACGCGCUGAUCUGCUUCGGGAGCCAUUUGUUCUACGCCGUGACGCGAUAGUGGCAGAGGAGGGGGAGCUGGGAGUGUUGGACGGAGGGGCAGGGACGCUCAAUAUCCAGCACAGCGCUGCUCCAGACCAACAGGAGUGUCGAGACAGGAUCCGCUGGCCGCGUGCAUUUGUAGUUUCAUAUGAGGGGGCCCUCGCGUACAUGUACCGGGAUUCUUUCGAAUUUGUUUCGCAAAUAUUCUUGGGAAUCUUCUUCAAAUUAAUCCGUAAGGCGGCCUUCGGACCAACCCACCACCGUGCCUAGGCUAUGGGCCCGGAGCCUCGUCGAUGCAUCUGUGGUUUUCCUGGGAUGCCUCUCAGGGACCUGUUCGAAGUCUGUUCGGGGCAUCUCACCCUCAUCCUCAUCGUCACUGUCGU